UCAACAGCAUGGACGACUUAACGAUAUGGCCAGAAGUAGAGAAAGCGGCGACAGAGAAGAGACGUGAGUUGGUUUUGCAGGGUCCCACUGUGGACAAAAGGAUCUCCUGCGAUGGGGGGCUCACCUCUGCUAUCUACUCCCUCAAACUGCUCAAUUAUCUGGAAGUCAGCCAGUGCCCUAGUUUGACAGAGAUCCACGAAGACAUCCAGCAUCUGACAAACCUUCAAAGCCUUAUCCUGUGCAGGAACAAACUCGCCUCCUUCCCGAAUGUCAUCGGCAACCUCAAGUCCCUGAAGGUCCUGGACCUCUCAGUUAAUAACCUCACGGUUUUACCAGAGAGUAUUACCCAAUUAAAGGAGCUGAACACGUUCAAUGUUAGCUGUAACAACCUGGAGGUCCUGCCGGAGGGACUGAGCCAGUGCACCAAGCUCUCCAACAUCAACAUCUCCAAGAAUCGCAUCACCAGCUUCCCAGCUGAUCUGUACUCGGAGAAACUGGACCUCCUCAGCAGCCUGGUCGCAUCUGAUAACAUCCUGGAAGCGCUGAGUGGAGAAGUUCACAUCCUAGCUGCUCUGAAGGUGCUGGAUCUCUCAAACAACAAGCUGAAGGAGAUCCCUCCUGAACUGAGCGACUGCCCCAAGCUAAAGGAGAUCAACUUCAAAGGCAACAAGUUGAAUGACAAGCGCCUGGAGAAGAUGGUCAACGGCUGCCAGACCAAGUCCAUCCUCGACUACCUCAGAGGCAAAAAGAAAGGAAGACCGGGAGAGGAUGACGCGGGCGGUAGUGACAAAAGAAAGAAGCAACAGCAGAGGAAGAAGAAGGUGGCAGAUGAACAAGAUGAGAUGGAGGAACUGAAUAAGAUGGUGGUGAGGGUCCUCCAUGUUUCAGAUGCUUCUACAGCACUAACAGUCCAAGUGAGCGCAGAGGUGAAGGAUGUCCGACCAUACUUGGUGUGCUGCGUGGUCAGAGGGAUGAACCUAAAGAAUGGGAAUGCUCUCAAGCGGUUCCUGAUGGCUCAGACAAAGCUUCAUGAUGACAUUUGUGGUAGAAGGACCACAGCAACCAUUGCGACUCACGAUGUGCAGCUUCUCAAAGGUCCCUUGGUGUACGAUGUCAAGCCACCAACUGAGCUGAAGGUUGUGCCACUGGGUCGGAAGGAAAUGACAGCCUUGGAGCUGAUAAGACAUCUUCAGCUUGAAGCUGACGAGAUGAGGAAGCAGAAGAAGAGGCAGAACGUAACUGGCCUCCACAAAUAUCUGCAGCUUCUGCAAGGGAAAGCUCUCUAUCCCUGCCUAGUGGACGCAGAGGGACAUGUGAUCUCAUUCCCACCUAUAACCAACAGUGAGAAAACCAAGAUUAAGAAGUCAACCAAAGAGUUGUUCUUGGAGGUGACGAGUGCAACCAGCCUGCAGACCUGUAAAGAUGUUAUGGACGCUCUGAUUAUAAAAAUGGCAGAGUUGAACAAGUUCACGGCCGAGCAUGGAGAGGACGCGGGGUCAGACGGGGAGGGGGGCGGCCCACCAGAGCCGGCCACCAGCAGCGAGACCACUAGUGAACUGAUAGUCCAGCAGGUCCGAACAGUCGACCAAGACGGGAACCUGAAGGUUGUCUAUCCAUCGAAGACCGACCUUCCCAAAGACAUCAGCAACUUGACUGUCAUUUGGUAGUUAUGUUGUGGAGAACCUCUGAUGUUUACACUCAUUUACAUGCUACAUUAAGUCAUUUAAACAAUUAACAUUGAGGGAAAUUUCCAACAUGCAACAAAAUGAAUUAAUAAGAAAGUGCACAGAAAAGCUAAUGAUAACGACAACAACACUCCAGCGGUUUGAUUUUGGGGGUAUCUUAAAUUGUUACCUGCCGACGAAUGUUAACAUUUCUGAUUCAUGUACAGCUUUUUGAACAUGUCUUUACUUUAAUAAAUCUUCUUUCCACCC